UCCAUGUCUACUUUACCUUCCACUUGAGUCUAUUCUCUGGUUCGAAACUGGCACACAUCUGCCUUCACCAUCUUCGUUCUCUACAAAUCUCAUCAUCAAUGGCUGCCACUAGAGUCAUGGUGUCAGUUUCCUCCUCAUCUUCUCUACUCUUCAAAGCCGCGGCCACUCCAUUGUUGAAGACGAAUAGGUUAAGACCUUGCUUCAAUACCCACAACAGAUUAGUUUCUAGUAACAGGUUUUUCACAUGUAGAGCUCUCUACAAACCCGAUUUCCAGAUCAAGGAGGAAGGACAGCCUGAAACCCUAGAUUACAGAGUCUUCUUCGUGGACAAUUCUGGUAAAAAGGUUUCACCUUGGCAUGAUGUACCAUUGCAUGUUGGUGAUGGAACAUUCAAUUUUAUUGUUGAAAUACCCAAAGAAUCAAGUGCAAAGAUGGAGGUUGCUACCGAUGAGAUAUACACCCCUAUUAAGCAAGAUACAAAGAAAGGAAAUCUUAGAUACUACCCGUACAACAUUAAUUGGAACUAUGGGUUGCUUCCGCAAACAUGGGAAGAUCCAUCACUUGCAAAUCCUGAUGUCGAUGGGGCAUUUGGAGAUAACGACCCAGUUGAUGUGGUUGAAAUUGGUGAAAGCCAUGGGAAAGUGGGCCAACUUAUGAAGGUCAAACCCUUAGGUUGUCUAGCUAUGAUCGACGAAGGGGAGCUCGACUGGAAAAUUGUUGCAAUUUCAUUGGAUGAUCCAAGGGCUUCGCUUGUGAACGACGUUGAUGAUGUGGAAAAACAUUUUCCGGGGACUCUCAUGGCAAUCAGAGACUGGUUUAGGGACUACAAGAUCCCCGAUGGAAAACCAGCCAACAAGUUUGGCCUUGGCAACAAAGCAGCCAAUAAGGAUUAUGCUCUGAAGGUGAUCGCAGAGACCAAUGAAUCAUGGAGUAAGCUUAUAAAGAGAUCAAUCCCGGCUGGGGAGCUUUCCCUUGUGUAAAUGCAAUCUCUCCAAAUCAUUCCAACCAUCAAGGUUGGUUGAGUUUACCAGCUUCCACUCUCAACAAACUUCUGUAAACUUCUUGUCUGAUCCAGACUCCAUGGAUGUCUUUGGUUGAUGAAGAAGUGGCAUGAGUUUGAAAACCCAGUUUAUUGCAGUGCUCUUCAGCUGAAAAAAUGGUGGUGGUGAAGAAGA